CAUAUCCCAUAGGGCGCAUUUGAUUUGUGUCUCAGGAUGAGUGUCUUUAAGGGAGCGCUGCUGCUGCUGCUGCUGGUCGCUGCUAGCGCCAAGCCGGACCAUGCCCAUGACCACGCGGCCCAUGACCACGCGGCCCAUGACCACGACCACGCCGCCCACAACCACUCGAGCCAUGACCACACGGCCCAUGACCACGACCACGCGGCCCACGACCACGCGGCCCAUGACCAUUGCCAGAAACUGAAGAAGGUUGCCAAAGAAGACAUCCACCAGAUCUUCGGUGACUGGGUCCUGGUCUGGUCGGUGUCGGACCACAAGGACGGUCAGGACCUCCUGAAGAACGUCAGCAGCUCCCAUGUGGAGAUGCGUCUCGUAGGAGCCAAUGACACCCUGAUGUUCAACGAGAGGAACGUCUACCGUGACAACAAGUGCAUCAACUACUACAUCAACAUAUCCACGGAACAUCUGAACAACCCCGAGGACACCAUGCAACACCUCCACGGCAAGAUGGAAACCGAUGGAGUCUUCUCUCUCUACAAUGAUACGGUUGAGGUGGGUGUCUAUGAGACGUGUCCAAACUGCAUGAUGAUGGUGUUCAAGGACUCAGCUGGGAGAUACCUGCUGAACUACAGGAAGGAGGGUCACCAUCAGGAUGUGGAUCACAUGAAAGCAGAUCACGAGAAGCACAGGAAGCUGGCCGAGUGUUUGGGCUUCAAACACGACGAGCCGUACAUCUCCGACGGAGUCAUAUAUGUCUGCAAUAAGAAAUCCUCUCCAGAAGAGCCGCACAUCGCGUAGGACGGGAGGAGAUCCAACAGACACCGAGCGUCAACACAAACAUGUUGUUUACCAAGCAAUAAAAGCAAAUACUGAAA